AUGACAAUAUUUCAUAAAAUCUAUUAAUUUAUUUCAGUUUCAAGCUCAUUAUUGUGUUAUACAUUCAAAUUUAUUCUCACAGGAAAAAUAAGCGAAAAAUUUCGCUAUAUGAUAGAGCUAUACAAAGAUCUUUACAACAAAGAUCAGAAAAGAACGGAACUCAUCGGUCCAGGAGUAAAAGUCCUCAGACUCAUUCAUUACAUCAUAAAUAUGGAACUGGUACAUUUUCUAGAAGUAGAAAUAGAUGAAUUCAUCCACGUUCUAGAAGUAUCAGCUCAUAAUGACAUGGUGCAGGGGAACCACAUGGCUUCGGCGUUGAGAAAUGGCCCGGAAGUCGAGGAGGAGUCUUCGUCGAAAGAAGAAGAGGAGGCGAAGGUCAAGAGUAGGACGAGAGAGGAGUUCCUAAUGAAGAGGCUCGGUUCAAAUAUUACCACCACUAAGAAGAGAUUUAUCGAUCAUUGGCCGGUAGAAGAAACCUGGUCUUUGGAAGGGGCCAACAUCUAUCAGAAGUAAUAGAUUGGCCUGUUGGUCUAGUGGUUAGCGGCCCUGACUGCUACGUCGUGGGCUCGAUUCUCAUUGGAGAACUUUUGUGUGAUGAGUAGUUUUUUUUUGGUGUUUUGGAUGUAAUUUAAUAUUAUGUGUUUAUUGAAAUAUUAUAAUGGUCUGAAUGGAGAGUUAGAAAACAUAUGUUUUUGUAAAGAUUCCUAUAUAUUAUGCGAAAGACUCUGUGCUGCUUCUAGAAAAAUAGGGAAUUUUUUGAGAUUUAAGUACCUUAUAUUGUAUAUUGAACGAAAUUUUUGUUUUAUUCAAAAAUAGUCUAC